UUGUUUACCUCCGAGAGGGCCUUGGUUUCGGCCGCAAGUCAUCUCACGGCUUAAAUACCCGUAAGGAUCAUUAGAUCACUGUAACCCUAACAACUACAGCAUUACGGCCUAAGCUUCAAAUCGCCUAAAGUUGUGACGGCCUAACAGGUUCGCGCCCGAAAAUAAUACGGGCGAAUUAUCCGGACUCUGCGAGCAGCUGAGAGGACUCAGAUGAGGUGGUGGUGGAGUUAGAUGCUCUCAGCCUUUCACCACUACUCCACAUACUGUUAUCCUGCAGAGGAUUGGCCCAGGUCCGCAGGUCGAGGAACGUCACCCCGUCACCACACGCUAAGGAGUCUAUAUAUGUUCCUUGCCUCACUCACUCUCUCCUCGUCUAGAGCAGCACUCCAUCAUGGAGUCUGGGCUGAUUGGGCUGCGAGCAGAACUACAGAAGAAGCGUGCAGAGGCAAGCAAGUUUGGUACAGGCCAGCGGGGAGCAGCAAGUCGGGAAAGGGAACCAGCCCGGCCCAAGGGGUCCUCAGCCAGCAAUCCUGGAGUCACCAGUCGAGCAGCAAGGGAUGAGGAGCAGCACCAGGCAGAGCAGAGGACUGAGGAGAAGACCAGGCAUGCACUGGAGAGAAAAGCAGCCAUGUAUGACAAGAUUCAGCAAGGCAUUGAAGUGUUGGAGAAUGACAACCUCAACCAAAGAUUCCUUGUUAACUUCCAGAAAAAAAUUAUAGAUGAUGUGAUGACAAAAAAAAAGAAAAGGGAGGACAAAGAGAAGACAAGGAAGCAGAAACAACAGAGUGAAGCAGCACAUUAUGAGGAGUGUAGUGCAGAUGAUGACGAUGAAUGGGUGGAGUACACAGAUGCAUUUGGCCGCACAAGGGAAUGCCGGAGAGCAGAGUUGUCAGAGAGGCUGGAGCAGGACAAACAGUUAUCCCAGGACCUGAACCCUUCAGAGACAGAAGAAAAGACAGUGUUGGAUCCACAUCUAGUGGAGGACCUUCAUCGAGAAGCACUGCACCAGAAGUGGCAAGCUGAGGAGGAAGUCAAUGCUUCCAAGAAGGACCUCCACUACCAGGAUAUUUUGUAUGAUGAGGCCAGAACCCAUGGCCCCGGCUUCCUCAAGUUCUCUCGCAAUGAAAAGGAGCGCAAAGCCCAGAUGGAGUUACUGCGGGACCUGCAGGCUGAGGCUCAGCGGGCCACAGCCACCACCGCUGCUGCUGCCAGCAAGAGGCAGAAGGCCAUGAAGACACGGCUAGAGAAAGUGAGACAGAGGAAGAGGCUUAAAAUGGGACUGCCCAUGAAAGAUGAUGACAGACUGAAGACCCCACCAGGAUCUGAGGGAGAGGAAGAAGAGGAGCAGGUAGUGGGUCCAACUCUUCUCCCACCCUCCCCUCCACCCAGGAAGAAGGUAGGUGGGGUGAGGGAGUGGGACCUGGGCAAGGAGGGAGUUACCUCCACGCUGACUCAGGAGGAAUGGGUCCUGCGCCAGAGGUCUCAGCGGUCCCAGGAGUUUGCUCCUCCCUCCAGCUACCAUCCCAGGGAACGCAAUAGCCAGGAAGCCACGUCCUCCUCCUAUCAGCACCAAGCCACCGAGGAACAGCUGAGGAGAGACUCUCACUCUCCACCACCAGAUCCAAAGGAACCAUUUAGGGAGGAGCGUCAGCCAGAGUUUGCUCCGCCAGCAACCCAUGAAUACUAUGGUCCCACGACAAACAGGAGAACGCAUCACAAGAUUGCUGCCCCUGAUCUAGAGGCUGCCAUCAGUAAAGGACUCAGUCACCUUAGGAAAAUGAAUAACUAUUGAUGCUUCAGUGCCUGAGGUUCUUACUGAUAUACAGAGAAUAAAGUUCUGUCAGGAACUGGCCAGUGAGCAUUGUCAUGGGAGGCUGCUCAUUCUGUAGUGUAACAGGCUUCACCAUCACAGACAUAUGUAAGGCAUGCCAACAAUAUUAUGCUGAAUAAAGCUGUGACUAUUGAAGAUUUGACCUCAGGCUAGCUUUGUGUCUUCUUUGCUAUUUAUGUAUUGGCAAUGAAAAUAAAUAUAUUGUAUUUUUGUU